ACAGUAGACAAAUAUGGGAAAAAUGGGAAAGGGUGUAUUUAUAAGGUAGAGCAGGACAUGAGAGGCGGAUUGUGGAGAAGGGACAGGGAGACUGCAGGCAGCGUUAAGCCCUUGAGUACGGGAGCCAGCAGCCACAGAAGGGCCACCUGGUAGCCUUUGUCCUUGCCCAGGGCACCCACGGUGGGCAGUAGAGCAGUCAGUGCGUGUGGGCUCGUGGUCACUGUUGACUGAUAGAACUACGUCAGAUUCUCUGGGAUUUCAAAGACCAUAUCAGUGUACGUCUAAUCCCCCUUUAACAGCUUGCGUUUAGUUGAGUGUUUUGCUGGCCGGUUGUUGCCUCUUCCGUUUCUGACCCAGAGUUAAGGUGUUAAGUGUGGUUCAUUUCUCACGGGGCCGUUUUGUACAAGUGUGUCCAGCAGAGGGCGCUGGAGUCCUUAGACUGCAGACCAGCGCUGUAGAACAGCCCUGCCUGGUAGAGAUGGGGUAUAAGCUUUGUGUGUCGUUUUCAGUGUCUGGGAUCCACACUUAAAGAAUGAAGUGAAUUUUGUGCUGUGCGGGCACCCCUUGGUGUCUGUAGGGGUUGGUUCCACGACCUGCUGUGGGCACCGGAAUCGGUGGAUGUUCCCAUCCCACACUCAGCCACUGUGUCUGCAGGUCCACAGCCACCGCUCGGCCCGCCGUGGCUGCUGUGGCCCUGUUGAAGAAGUCCGCCUGCAGGUGGACCCACGCGGUUUAGACCCCGUUCGAGGGUCGGCUGUAUGUCAGUCCAGUGCAUCUGAAGUAUUUCAACACUUAAUCCGUGAACGGAAGAUGCUGAUGGGGUGUUUUACAUUUCUGUUCACAUCAAGUCUUCAAAAUCCACUGUGAGCCCACUUACGAUGCAUCUUAAUUCAGAUGCCAGAUUUUCACGAGGAAUGCAUGAUCUGUGUUUAGAGUUCAUGAAAUAAUACAUUUGAAAAAGUAGAUUCACAUACCUACGUUGUUCCAGACAUACUUAAAACAUGUUGAAAAGUUUACUGGAUUGAUUAUCAAGUUUUAAAUGUAGUCAAAUUAAAGUGUAGUUCCUUAUAUUAACCGUGUUUCAGAUGCUCAAAAGACACACAUCUAGUGGUACUGAGUGCACAGCACAAUUGCAAAUGACCUGUUUUUACACGCUUUGUGGUCUGUACACAACUCUCCCGUUAGUAACUGAAGGAUUGGCAAACAGACCUCUUCCAGGCUGCAUGAAGCAGUCACAAUACUCCUGUGGCUGUGUUGAACUUGGGAGCCGGCAGUGCUGAAAUCUCCUGUCAGAAAGCAUGACCACACCUCAUUCAGGCCGUGUGGAGCUAAGCGAAGUGUUUUGGAUCAGAAAUUGCUUUGAAUUGCUUGUUUUCAUUGUAAUCUUUUCUCGUGGCCUGUGUGUGUUUUGAUACAGUUCGCUUGAAUUGGCUAAAUAAAUCAUUCUGUUUGCUUGCAGAAUUCCCAAAGGAGAAACUUUAAAUCCAUAUACAUGAGAUUCCUGCUAUGUUUAGCUGUGCAUUUGCCAAAGACUUGAGGGAUAAUUUAUUUCCUCUUAAAGCCGUAGUGCAGCCUGCAGGAUGGCUCUCAGCUAAGCUUGUUGUGACACACAGGUGAGGCAGUAGAAUUUAGAACUUGGAAUGGAGGUGGGUACUGGUCUUUACAGUUAGUACAGCGCAGAGCAGCCACGCCAUAUGUGCUUCAUUUCUUUUCAGCCAGUGAAUUGAACUAAGUCAGUUGUAUGUCAAGCAGUUCCUGCAGGAAACUACAUGGCUAAGGUAGGAUGGUGAUGAUUGAGAAGAGUGUGUUGGCCUGCAGAAAACUGUGAGAGAAAGUGAAACUCCCCUGGUCCUCGCACCUGCGCGUGCGGCAGGUUGGUGGUGAGGCCUCUGCUGGUGUGGGCCGUGGGCGUCCGCUUAACAUUCGAAGUCCGCGUGGGGGCAGAGUUGGGAGAAUGGUGGGAUGGUGUAGACGAUUGGGAGAACGGGGAAAUCAGGACAGGCAGAUGAAGCAGGGUGUUUCAGUGAAGACCUGCCGCCCAGGCUUCGUGUGAUCUUCUGCUACCGGGUUUCUCAGUAAAUCCUCGGCCGUUUGUAUACCCAGACCUGGUAGACGUCCGUCUGUCCAGCGUAAAGUACUCCUACUUUUCCACCCUCCAUUUGUACAGCGUCUUUCCCCACUGGCCUGCUGACUGCCAGGUUCUCACGAACUGUAAGCUCGCCUGCUCGCUGGCAGUUUCGCCUGGUUGCAAGCCCUUUCUCGGGGGUACACUGUGUCCUGUUUCUGCUUGGCCGUUAACAGCAAGUAAGUGCCCCCGCUCUUAACAGGGGGUGGAGCUCUGGACCCCUCACUCCCACCCCAUUCCUCUCUGCGUGGACAGUCCCGGUGCUUCAGGAAGUUCAUGAAAACCAGGAAACAAGAAGGGACCCUGCUUGCAGCCUAGGCCCCCUGGUCACAAGCCUGUCUGAGGACAUGCUGCUGUCUUUGCAGGGGGCCCAUGUUUAUUGUCUUCUUUCUGGAAAUAUUAUCUUUACCUUAAAAAGGAAAGGCUUUGUAUCUCUGCUUCCAGUUAUGAUCUGCAUCGGUGUUUAUGGGACCUGUAAUCAGUGUAGAUCUACCCACUGGUGGUUUCCUUUCUCAGUUUAACAUCUUUUCUAAGACUGAGCUCAGUUUAUUUUUUGCUGCCUAAUAGUUCAUCAAGUUAAUCUACAUCGUUGUUAAACACCCUCGGUGGCUGGCUGUGUUAUUUCACUAGUAGGAGUGAAGUGGCUAUAAGCAUCGUUCUGUUGGGUUUAACUGUCUUUAUCCAAGUACCUUCCCUCCCCCUUUGUAAACCGUUCCCUUGGGCGUUACUGUCAGAACUGAAAUCACUGGGUUGAAGGGUUGAUCUUUUUUUGCCUCUCGACGGGUCUUACCAGGAGACUCAUCUUAAGGACCCUUGGCACCACAGUGAAUCCCCCUGGUGGAGGAUGCAGGUGGUUGAGUGAAUCCCCCCUGAGGACGAACGGCGGCCGUGGGUGCAGCUUCCCGGGCAGCAGGCGGUUAAGCGUGGUCCCGCGCACACGCCCCGCUCUGCCUGCGUCAGUCCUCCUCUUUCUGUAGCUCAGCCCUUCCUUCCGCUGUCUGCUCAGAGCAUUCACGCGUGUCCAGAACAUUCCUUACGCAGUGAUGGAGAGGACGGCAUCUGUUAAUCUUCCUAAUCCUGUCUCCACCUCUUUCACACGUCGGGUGCAGCUCAUUCUCCGGCCCGUCCUCGCCGGCAGCUGCACUUGCUCCCAGGGUAGCAGUCGCACGGGUACCUCUGGAUGCUCACUGUCCUCAUCAGAAGCAUUCUGCUUAAAACCAGAGAGAGACAGAAGCAAGAGAAAACAGCAAAGAAAAUCGGGACCAGAUAACCUGAGAGAACUAAGUUUACUUUUGUUUUCAAGUAAAUGAAUGGAUACAACUUCUACCCCAAAAUGUAUUCUUGGAUCAGUGCCGGUGUGAGACGGAAGUAUGCCCUUUUUUAAAAUCUGUGCCUGAAUUUACCCCUCAGCUUCCUUCUUGGUUUUUCCAAAGCCCGUUCAGAGCUUUCCCGUUUUUCACCGCUGCUCUCCUUGCACCCCACUGGGCACCCCUGCGGCUUGGCUGGUUCUGGGCCUUCUGAAGUGCUCUUCCAAGUGCACCAAGGGCUGGAAAUGUCUCUUUCACUGUAGGCAGAAAUCAGAGAGCUGUGGGUGCAGUUCCCACCUUGGUCAGCCCCCACCACAGCCACACACCCCAGGCUCUUCCCAGCACACUGCCGGCCCCUGAAAUACAGGUGCCGCCUUCGCUGGCCGUCCUUCUGUGGUUUCCCGUCACGGGUAAGAUGAAGUCCAGGUUCAGCCUUUUACACCAGCUCCUCUCUGCAGACCGCUGCCGCCCCUUCCACACAACCCCUCUCCCCAUAACCUGGAGCGUCCCCUAGUUACUCGCAGUUCCCUAAACGUGCCAGGCUGUUGAGAGCCUCCAGGCUGAACGAGUGCCGCUCCCGUCAACUGGAACGCUCUUCCUGCCCCUCCUCGUUCACUAGUCAGCUUCUGCUUCCGCACCAGUUUCUGUCCUUGCCAUUGUGCAGCCUCCUUCAACCACUUCAAAUAGUUAUCUUUCUCUACUUCACAUUCAUUGAACACUUAACUCUGUGCUAGGCAUUGUGCCAGCCCUGAAGGCACAUGACCUCACUUAGUCCUCACGGUCCUGGGAGGCAGGGCUUAGUCUCCACAGUGCUGGGCUCAAGGUGGUGCGGCCUGGGCUCUUAGCCGCCAGUGACCUGCCUCUUCUGGGCUCCCCUUCUGCCCCUUCCUGACUUGUCACUGUGGCCUGUGCGUGCGCGCCCCUCCCUCAUCUCUGUCCUGCCCCGAGCCCGCUUGGAGGGGACAGGCAGUAAGUAGCUGAAUGACAACGCCGGGCCCGUGGGCCUCUUCCAUAGCCUUUGUAAGCGUCUCCCACCAUCUUCUCACUUCUCUGUGGGAACUGUUAAUUGAAGCUUUGUCUGCAGCCGUCUGCGGGUGUCUCUUAGCUGUCUGCUGGACUCUGAUGCCACAAAUAUUUUUAUUUCCUGGCACAUGGCGGCUCACUUAGCGUCAUGCUUCGCAUCGUGGAGACUGUAAGAGCAGAAGACGACGUGGUGCCUGCCCUCCACUUGCAGAGAUGAGACCACAUGGCACGCAACCGGCACUUAAAGACAGUACAUUUGGGCGCCCGUGUUGAGUGUAUCGUUACAGGACAAACGCGGAUUCUUCAGCACAGCAUACAGGCCCUUCGCGAUCUGGCUCUGGACCCCUUUUCUGUCUUCGUCUGCUCCCUCUCCCACAGACCCCCCCAAACUCCAGCCUUACUGAUGGGUUUCAUGGCUCUCAGAACCCGCCAUGCUUUAAACGUCUCCAUUCCUCUGCACAUACUGUUCUUUUUGCCAAGAAUGCCUUCUCCUCCUUACCUGCCUGGCAAAUUCAUACUCAUCUUUUCUGACAGACUUCAGUGCGGCUUCCUUUAGACUUCUGUCUUCAGUUUUCAUGGGCUUUGUACAUUUUUCUGUAGUGUGACCCUGGUAAUUUCAUAAGUCAGUUUUAUAAGUCUCUUCUGCCUGUUAAAUAUUGGACUGCUUGAGGGCAAGGCCCGUGUCUCAGUGAUGGAAGAAUGCAUGGCCAGCAGAAUGAAAGCUGGACGUGUGGGAAGGAGGGAGAGGCGUUGUCCCAGCACAGCUGGCUGUCAGGAGUCACAUUUGACUGCAGGGAAAGAGGCCUGAAUGAAAUGGCCUAGAAGGACUAGGGGCUCAUCCCAAGUUUGGAGGCAGGUGUUGAAGUGCUGGUGUGGGGGCGUCACGAUGGGAGCAGGAGGCCGGGCUCUCUUGCUCUCCUCUGAUGCAUGGCUUCUGUCCUCACUGUACCCUCAUGGCUCCAGAUGGCUGCCGAGCUACAGCUAUCUCAUCCAUUCUAGACAUGAAGAAAGAAAAGGGCAGUGAGUAAGGAAAAAAAGUUCUCUCUGUGAAGACAGACACCUCUGAAAACAUUUCCGGGGCCCUACCCAACAGCUCCACCUUCAUCUCGCAGGAUAGAAUGUAGUCACGCGGUCAACUGUAGCUGAAUUUCGAAGAGAUGAAUAUAUGAUAAUAAAUAAAGGUUAUUUUUGUAUUUAAUUUAAAAUGACAUUUCUUUAAAAAACAAACAGCUUUUAGAUCUGAACAGACUUUUCUCCAAGGAAGGUAUAAAUUGGCCAGUAAACAUGAGAAGAUGCCCAGCAUCACUGGUCACUGGGGAAAUGCAGAGCAAACCCACAGCGAGACACCGCGCCACACCCUCUGGGAUGGCCCUGGGAAACAAAGAGACAGGAACAAGUGAGGAGGUGGGGAGACUUAUACCUCAUCCGUGGUUUGUAAAAAGAACUAUAAAGUGGUGCAGCCACUUUGGAAACCAGCCUGGCAGUUCCUGAAAAUGUUAAACGUUCAGGUACCACAUGACCCAGCGAUUCCAUUCCUGGGUAUAACCCAAGAGAAUGUAAGCAUCUGUCCACACGAAAACUUGUACCUGAGUGUUCACAGCAGCGCUAUUCAUAAUAGACAGACAGUGGGAGCGUCACGUACUGAGCGGAUCAACACGUUGUGGUCUCCCCUGUGGUGAGAUACUGUAUGAAUGAAGUACUGACACAGGGAUGUGCUGUAGCAUGGACGAACCUCAACAGGACGAGGGGAAGCAGCCAGCCACAGAACACCACGCCUCGUAUGACGCCGUUAUGUGAACCGUCCAGGAGAAACCUGUGGAGGUGGCCUGUAGAUUAGUGGUUGCCUGAGGGGAGGGGACUGGGGAGUGACUGCUAACAAGCUUCUGUGGCGGGGUGGGGGGCUGCUCUAAAAUUAGGUAGUGAUGAUGGCCACACAGCUGUGAAUAUACUAAAACUUCUGUACACUUUAAAAGGGUGCAUUAUGAUGGUAUGUGAACUAUAUCUCAAUAAAGCUGUUCUAACAACCAGCUUUUUUAUCUGUAAGACAAUCUUCAAAAUUAACCUCAGAAGAAAGACACUGUUGGGGGAGGGGGGAGCUUCUCACACCACUUAACAUUUCAAGGAUUGUAUUCGUCUUCUCUUCAUUUGAGUCCUGGCUUUGAAACAAGUCUGCCCUGCAUGGUCAGGGUCAGAUCCCUCUGGCUGGUUGCCCAGAUGACCGAGAUUCUGAAUGGUUUCUUUGUUCUGUAGAUUUAUCAUUUCAAAAAUGAACCUAUUUUUCUGUGUCUCCGAAGCUGAGGAAUAGAGAUGCCGGGGGUCAGCAAAUGGUCGUAGAAAGCCACUUAAUCUGCAGACCAGCUGGAUGUCAGAAGGCUUUGCUCUAUGGGCCACUUGUUCCUUGGAGGUUUGGUUGCUGAUAGAUGGGCAGGCGGCUCGCAGGCCUGGUGGAGUCAUGUCCUGCUUGCAGAGGCCUCUGUGCCGGGUUCUGCAGGCAGGUGACGCCCGACCACGAGCCCUGUCUCUUUAAGCCUCCGAUUCCUCGUCAGGGGAACCAGAGAGACGUCAGCCUCCUCACCCAGGGUGGCUGCACCAGAUCGUGGCCGUGCGCCUGCUCUGUAAACGCUGAGGGUGUGCACCGGGGCACGGUCCUGGGGUCGCACACUUGGGGUGGCUCCAGAGGACAUGGUUUUAAGGGCAGAAGGAUGAGGACUGGAGGGAGAAAAGGGCCGUGGACAUGGUGGGUGUGGGGUCAGGAUGGAAGGUGGUAGAGCUGAUGGUUGGAAGUCUGCAGUAACAAGGGGUGUUCGACGCCCAGCCAGCAGCCUCUGCCCUAACGGCCGACGCGCCUGGUGUGCUGCUGGGGCCGCCUCGGUCAGACAGCGGGCAGCUGGCCCACCCCGCGUGGAAAUGCUGGCAAAGGCGACAGAGGAGCCCGCCCCGCUCUGCUUUCAGCUUCCCUCAGAUCAGCCUUUCCUACGUGUUCUGGAUUCUCGAGCAUUCUUUACAGCGGCUCCUAUUCUCACAAAGCCCCUCAGGGAUUAAAAGAAAGAAAUCAUUUCUGUGUAGCACACGAUCAAGAGGUGCUAAACGUAGGCGUCUUGGCCCGUGUGGCUGUGCUGACACGUCACCGAAGAACGUCCUCGUGGGGCCCACUUUGACCCGGUGGGUGAAGCUUUCAGGUCUGGUUACGGAGCCCUGGAUGUCCAUCUCUGGAUCUUUCUAGCCGUCUUUGUGCUCAUCAGGGUGUCCACACUCCCUCUCCCACCAGUGGUUUGUUUUUGGUGUACGUUAAGAAGGUUUUCAUUGACAGACCACAAGCAGGUCUUCCACCCUCAGCUCUCUGACUGCAAAAGGGUCACCUAGCGGCACACGUGCCCUGGAAGCAUGAAUGACGGCAAGAGUACCCGAAACCUGUACCAGCAAUGCACCGCCACGGCCCCCAGGCUGCUGGCGCAAAUCUCCAGGCUGCUCCUCGUCUGCCGGAACGCCGGCAUCUCUGUACCCAAGGGCAUCAGAAACAUCUUUGAGUUCACCUGGGAGGAGCUGAUCACCGACCCCAUGAUCCCCACCCCAUCCGACAUCCUGGGCCUGGAGAUCAGCAUUGGAGCCCCGCCCAUGAUGCCUGUGGAAUCAGCCCCCGUGCAGGCCCCCACACAGAAGAAGCCGCCCCCACCAGCGCUCCCGCUGCCGAAGCUGCCCGCAUCCACGGGGCCGGCCAAGUUCCACACCCACUCUCACAGCCACAGCCACAGCCACCGGGCGGCCUCCAGCCAGGAGACCCUGCGCAGGUUCCAGCGGCAGUCCAUCCACCUGCUGACAGAGCUCCUCACCCUGAAGAUGAAGGCCAUGGUGGAGUCCGUGUCAGUAGAUGCCAACCCCCUGGACAUUACGAGGCGCUUCGUGGAGGCCAGCCAGCUCCUCCACCUCAACGCCAAGGAGAUGGCUUUCGACUUCCUGAUCGGCACCGUCGGGAAAGGUGGCUCUGGAGUCGCACAGAUGAGGAAAGAGUCUCCCACGAACAUCCCCGCCAUGGGCGUGAACUCGCCGUACCAGCUUGUCUACGAGUCCUCUACUGGCUGCCUGAGCUUCUCCCUCUCAACCGGGAAGGAAGGCAAGAAGAAAACAGGCAAAUUCAAGAACAUGGAAGAAGUAGGCCUCACAUCCCUACAACGCGGGACAGGACCCUCUGCCUCUGACAUUGUCGAGCUCAGCGACCCCUGUCCCGAAGCCCGGGAGAAGCUGCAGGAGUUGUGUCACCUUAUAGAAGCUGAAAAGAUCUCGUGGAAGGGGAGUAAUGUCUUCUACCCCAUGGUCUUACGCAACUACAGGACCAAGAUACCCUCUCAUCUAGCGUCGAACCCCAGAGGGGAUGCUCAGAACCCGAGCUCCCAGCACCCGCACCCCGCGGGUGCUCAGACCCCCACCCCCAGCCCCCAGCAGCCCCCCGCCCACCACCUGCACUCGGGCCGGCGCUCUCAGGAGUGGAAGGGCCCCAAGAAGCCCAUCAAGCUGCACUACUCCUUCUACGACGGCUCCUCCUUCGUGUACUAUCCGUCCGGGAACAUCGCCAUGUGUCAGAUCCCCACGUGCUGCAGAGGGAGAGCCAUCACCUGCCUCUUUAACGACACGCCCAGCUUCUCCUUCCUGGCCAUGUUCAAUGCUGAAGGCCAGGGCUGCGUUCACUACAACCUGAAGUCCCGCUGCCCAUACGUCUUGGUCUUGGAUGAGGAAGGUGGGACCACCAACGACUACCAGGGCUACGUCGUCCACAAGUGGAGCUGGAGCUCUAAGACAGAGACCUUGCUGUCCCUGGAAUACAAGGUGAACGAGCAGAUGAAGCUGACGGUGCUAGGCCAGGACUCCAUCACGGUCACCUUCACCUCCCUGAACGAGACAGUGACACUCCCUGUAUCGGCCAACAACUGUCCCCACGGGAUCCCGCACGAUAAGCGGUUGGCCCGCCGAAUCAGCAUCAUGGACGAAAAGAUGUCUAAGAUGAGCCGGGCCCUGGUGGAGAUCAAGAGGCGGUUUCAGAAGACAGUGUCCCGCUUCAUGAACUCCAUCCUGUUGGCGGCAGGCCUGUUAACCAUCGAAUAUCCAGUAAGGGAAGAUGCGGAAGUCAGUCAAGCCAGGUUAAAAUCUGGGCCCAUUCCCGAGCGAGGCAACAAGCUAAGUUUAUACUCGGGAGAAAUCCUUUUAUUACAAUCCCAGUCAGUCCGACCUGAGUCCUUGAUUGAAGAGUCUUCGAAAGAAGAGCCUGGGUCGGCUCCUGUGAGCCCCGCUCAGAAGAAGACCUUCAAAGUCCAAGCCAAGGCCGUGGUCACAGCCAGAGGGAAGGCCGCAGAGAUGCGCAGCCCCACCAGGUGGGCAGCCUCGCCCUCAGACUGCCCACUGGUGCUGCGGAAGCUCAUUCGCAAGGAGGACGUCCGGGCAGGCUGCAGGUGCAUGGUGAGGGCGCCCCAGGUGUCCGACGUGGAGCUGGAGCGCUUCCUGUCGGCGCCCCGUGACCCCAGCCAGGUGCUGGUGUUCGGGAUAGUGUCGGGCCAGAACCCCUCCAGUUCAGGGCAGCUGCAGUGGCUGCUGGACACGCUCUACAACCACCGGCAGCAGGGCCGCGCCUCGCCCUGCAUCCAGUGCCGGCAUGACCCCUACCGCCUGCUGCGGUAUGACCUGGACAGCCCCCUGCAGAGGGACCCGCCCUUGAUGGUGAAGAAGUAUGGGGUGACGCAGGGGAUGGUUCUGAUGUUCGCUGGGGGCAAGCUCCUCUUUGGGGGCUGCGUUCUGAAUGGAUAUGGCGUCAGCAGGCGGAAUCUGCUGAAACAGAUCUUCCAGGCUCAACAGGACUGCAAGAUGGGCUACUUCCUGCCAGAGAACUACAAGUUUAGCGUUUCGCCCUCCAUCCCAGGCCUGGAAGACUGUGACUCACCCAAAAAAGCAGUGUCAGGAGACAUCCAAGGAAGCGCCUCCUCACUGGCCGUGGGGGACAAGAUGGAAGAGUCUUCCCUUAAAGCUGAGAAGAAAAUGCAGCAGCCUGAAGUAGACCUGCAUCUUCUCAGCAAAGCCAGGAACAGCAAUAAGAAAGCUCCCUGGAAAAAACAGGCCUCCAAGAAGUGAUGCCGCCCCCUUGGCCGACCGGAGCUCUGGCCUGGACGCAGCCCCUCCUAUGCGCCCCCCCGGCCCCCCAGCCCUGCCUCCCCAGUCUCCUGCCUCUUCUCUGAGCUCUGCCAAAUAAAUACGCCUGCCUCCAGCGUCUGGGUGAGGCUGUGGGGUAGGCUGGCCCCUACAAGGCCAGAGGCUCCCGACGAUCCUGUUCCAGGCCGAGGCCUUGGAAAUGUGGCUCCUUCAACCCAGAGCUUCCUCUGUGGCAGCUGAAGUCAGUCUGAGAAUGCCCCACUGCCAAGGAAGUGAAGGUCUCCAGGGGGGCAAGCCAGUGACACACUAGCCCUGGUGAGGUCUCAGAUGUGCCCUCCCUCCCUUGGCUGGGUGCGGAAAGGCUCGGAUUGUGGUCCAGGAGGAGAACAGGGUGAGCGGGCAAAGCAGGAGAGAGAGAGCAAGAAAGCCAGGUGAGGGGAGGAGAGACAAAAG